AUGAGCAGCCCCUCACUGGGCGGUCACCCGCAUCACCCGCUGUCGAAUGUGUCGGUGGUGACGGUGGCCAGCAGUUCUCCCUCCAGUGAUCCGAAGGAGUGCAUCGAGGAGCAGUGUCCGGUGUGCGGCGACCGCGUCUCCGGCUACCACUACGGCCUGCUCACCUGCGAGUCCUGCAAGGGCUUCUUCAAGCGAACCGUUCAGAAUAAGAAGGUCUACACGUGCGUCGCAGAGCGCAGCUGCCACAUUGACAAGAGUCAGCGUAAGCGAUGUCCCUACUGUCGCUUUCAGAAGUGCCUCGAGGUGGGCAUGAAGCUGGAAGCCGUCCGAGCCGACCGAAUGCGCGGCGGACGAAACAAAUUCGGACCAAUGUACAAGCGAGACCGCGCAAGGCGGUUACAGAUUCUCCGACAAAAGCAGCUCACCAAGGUUCACCACCACCUAGGAGGGCACGGGGGCGGCGGGGGCGGUCAUCACAUGGGCGGCGGCGGUGGUCACCACCACCACCACCCGCCAGGCGCCACCAUGCUCCCCGGGGGUGAGCUGAACUUCCUCCAGGGAGGAGGACCACACGGCGGUGGUCAUGGAGGUGGUGGUGGUCACCACACGACGACACUCUUCGACGGCAUCAAACAGGAGCUCAUUCAGAUACCGCAGCUCAGCAGCUCCACAUCGUCGCCCGACUCGAGUCCCUCGCCGGGCAGCACUGCCGUCCAGCAGGGCGGCGCUCAGGGAGGGCCGCUCAGUGUGGCGGCGGCGGCGGCGGCAGCGGCGGCGGUGGCAGCCGGUCACGGCAACGCCGGCGUCGGUCACCCCGGUUCAGCAGGUGGCAACGGCGGCGGCCACCACUCCUUUAUGCCCAAUCUGUCGAUAUCCGCUCACCCGAUGGCGCAAAGUAACGGCGGCAAUGGUAACAGUUCUGCCAAUGGCGGCGGACUGAUCAACCCUGCGGCAGCUGCAGCGGCCGCCGCCGCCGACCACCUCCUCAAGUCGUGGGCGAACGGCAGCGGCGGCACCACCGUGGCGGGCACCUCCAAGACCUCAAUGUCCGUUUCGCCCUACGGCGGAGAGGGCAGUGCUCAGGGCGGCGGACCAGGCGGACCCGGUUCUGGAACGAUGGCCCCCGGCAGCAAGUACCUGCCGCCGCUGGUGCGCGAGUUCCAGAGCUCAAUGAUCGACGACAAGGAGUGGCAGGCGCAGCUGUUUGGCCUGCUGCAGAACCAGACGUACAAUCAGUGCGAGGUGGAUCUGUUUGAGUUGAUGUGCAAAGUCAUCGACCAGUCGCUCUUCAGUCAGGUCGACUGGGCGAGAAAUUCCAUCUUCUUCAAGGAGCUCAAGGUCGACGACCAAAUGAAGCUGCUGCAGCACGCCUGGUCGGACAUGCUCGUCCUGGACCACAUUCACCAGCGAAUGCACGUCGGCCUGCCCGACGACUCCACACUGCCCAACGGACAGAAGUUUGAUCUGCUGUCGUUGGCCCUGCUCGGUGUGCCUCAGGUGGUGGAACAGCUGCACCGAGUGACAGCUCGACUGGCGGAAAUUAAAGUAGAUCCUACGGAUUACAUUUGCCUCAAGUUCCUUCUGCUACUCAAUCCGGAGGUCCGUGGCCUGACCAACUACAAGCUCGUCCAUGAAGCACACGAGCAGACGAAACAGGCUCUCCUCGAAUACACUGUCAACUUUUACCCGCAAAUUGCGGAUAAAUUCCAGCAACUACUCGCUCUGGUGCCUGAGAUUCGGGCAUUGACGUUGCGUGGCGAGGACUUCCUCUACUACAAACACAUCAACGGCAGCGCUCCCACGCAGACACUGCUCAUGGAGAUGCUGCACGCGAAGAAGAAGUAG